UUCUCUACGGUUCUUGCAGAACUAACCCAAAACCGUGAGAAGUUUUUGAUUAUCUGAGAUUCUGAAGUUGAUCAACACAGUGACGAUGGACAAAACAAAAGCUUGAAAAAUCCAUUGAUCCGAAGGUCGAAGGCAGGUAUUUUGUGCUUAAGAACGAGCCUCCACUCUGGACCACUCCCCUGCCACAAAACAUUUCUCUUAGGAAGGAAAAAGAAACAAAGGAUGUCUUACCUUCUUCCUCAUCUGCACUCUGGUUGGGCUGUCGACCAAGCCAUCCUCGCUGAGGAGGAACGUCUCGUUGUCAUUAGAUUCGGUCACGACUGGGAUGAAACAUGCAUGCAGAUGGAUGAGGUAUUAUCUUCAGUUGCUGAGACGAUAAAGAACUUUGCAGUGAUCUAUCUGGUUGACAUCACUGAGGUACCUGACUUUAACACCAUGUACGAACUGUACGACCCUUCAACAGUCAUGUUUUUUUUCCGCAACAAACACAUAAUGAUUGAUUUGGGGACGGGAAACAACAAUAAGAUCAAUUGGGCGCUGAAGGACAAGCAGGAGUUCAUCGACAUCAUUGAGACUGUCUAUCGCGGGGCCAGGAAAGGUCGAGGCCUUGUGAUAGCACCCAAAGAUUACUCUACCAAGUACCGUUACUAGAUGCGGUUGCUUGAGCUUGUUAUAACAAACUCUUUAUCCGCGUCAAACCAGCAACAUGUUUGUUUUUAAAAGUAUUUGGGUAGCGAGUAUAAUAUAUCCAUCACUUGCAGUAUAUAAAUGCCACUAAAAACCUCUAAUUGUUAUGUUUGUUUUAUGACUACCUUCAAAACCAGCAGAAGAUGAUACAAGAUACACCAGUGUGCACAAGGGUAUAAUAUGUCCAAAAGAUUAGUCAA